GUGACGCCCGCGGUCACUUCACAAGGCAGAAAUUGUUACCCAGGCAAUAAAAGACGCUGCGGCGGCUGGGCCCCGGGAUUGGGCACAUGGGGGUGCGGGUGUGCAGGUGCCGAGCGCCAUGGGUUAGGCCCGAGAUCGGAGUCCGGCCGCCCCCCGACAGCAGCCACCUCCUGCUCCCCGGGCGCCACCAUGUCGGGCGACAAACUCCUGAGCGAACUUGGCUAUAAGCUGGGCCGCACGAUCGGCGAGGGCAGCUACUCCAAGGUGAAGGUGGCCACGUCCAAGAAGUACAAGGGUACGGUGGCCAUCAAGGUGGUGGACCGACGGCGGGCGCCGCAGGACUUCGUCAACAAGUUCCUGCCGCGCGAGCUGUCCAUCCUGCGGGGCGUGCGGCACCCGCACAUCGUGCACGUCUUCGAGUUCAUCGAGGUGUGCAACGGGAAGCUGUACAUCGUGAUGGAGGCGGCGGCGACCGACCUGCUGCAGGCCGUGCAGCGCAACGGGCGCAUCCCCGGCGCGCAGGCGCGCGACCUCUUCGCGCAGAUCGCCGGUGCCGUGCGCUACCUGCACGACCACCACCUGGUGCACCGCGACCUCAAGUGCGAAAACGUGCUGCUGAGCCCGGACGAGCGCCGCGUCAAGCUCACCGACUUCGGCUUCGGCCGCCAGGCGCACGGCUACCCAGAUCUGAGCACCACCUACUGCGGCUCGGCCGCCUACGCGUCACCCGAGGUGCUCCUGGGCAUCCCCUACGACCCCAAGAAGUACGACGUGUGGAGCCUGGGCGUCGUGCUCUACGUCAUGGUCACCGGGUGCAUGCCCUUCGACGACUCGGACAUCGCCGGCCUACCCCGGCGCCAGAAGCGCGGCGUGCUCUACCCCGACGGCCUCGAGCUGUCCGAGCGCUGCAAGGCCCUGAUCGCCGAGCUGCUGCAGUUCAGCCCCUCGGCUAGGCCCUCGGCGGGCCAGGUGGCGCGCAACGGCUGGCUGCGCGCGGGGGACUCCGGCUAGAAGCCGGGGUUCCCGCCAUGCCCGCCGCGGGGGGGUACUGAGCCCGCGUGGCGCACGCGCGACAGGCAGGCUCCUGGUGACCCGCGAGCCGCCGCGUGCCAGUGCGCACGUCCCCUCUCCCUUUCCACCCCCUGCCCUCAACCCCCUCCACCGCGGGGGCCGCAGUCGCCCCUGUUUGGAAUCCGGCUCCUGCUCCACGAUCCCGAGAGCGAGGGGUGCGUGCGCAUCCUCCAGUCUCCGCGCCCAGGCCCCGAGAGGGGCGCGACGAGAGGGGACGGAAGCAUCGCGCCUGCGCGGAUGAGUGGCGUCUGCGCUAGCGGACUCGCUUGGGGGGAGUCCUUCCCCAGCCAGCCGCGGAUGUCAGGUUCUUGUUGGAACCUGCAAUAAACUUGCUCUUCCUCGCA